UCGACGGCCGCAAGGACAAGCAAGGCAACACGUCCGCCAGGGUGGGCGGCGCGAUCACCAGCUGAUCCUAACUGGCAACGGGCGGUGCUCGCGGACUUGGGGUUGCCCGAAUCCAACCACUUCUGCCAACCAACGCGCGAAACGGCGAAAGGAUUGCAGUGGGGAGACCCGGCCGGAUUAGCACGGACGGGACGGCGCCACCGCCGCGCCGCAGCCAAUCAUUACUCGGCCUCCUCCCUAAACCUUCCGCCAACCCAAAUUCCACCCUCCUCCACAGAGUCCGAGCCCAUCUGAUCCUCCGAUUCGGUUCUUCUUCUUCUUCCCUCUACCGAAAGGACCGAGCCAUAAUUUUUAAGCCCUGCGCUCGUCAAGUCGUCAUAGCCUUAGCCUGGCUUUAAUUUGUCUCUCUCGUGUCCCGACACUUUUGCUUCCGGGAGCAGGAAACGUCGCGGGGGGCCCCCGUCUUGGAUAUUUCAUCAGUUUUCGGGUUCUUGGAUUGGAUCUUCCGAAUUCUUGGUUCUGGAGAGGAGAGGAUAGGAGAGGAGAGGAGAAAGCGGGGCGCUCAAUUUCCCCUACUGAUCCUUGUUGCUUGAUCGCCGCCAUGAGUAACACGCUGCUCCGGGUCUGUCCUUCCGACUUGAAGAUGCCAUUCGAGCUCAAGAAGCACAACUCAGCAUGUCUUGAGCUCAUCAACAAGACCGAUCAGUGGGUGGCUUUCAAGGUCAAGACGACGAACCCAAGGAAGUACGCGGUGCGGCCUGCCUCCGGUGUCGUGCCGCCCAGGGGAUCCUGCGGCAUCACAAUUACGAUGCAAGCGCCCAAGGAGAUCCCCCCGGACUACUACUGCAAGGACAAGUUUCUUGUUCAGAGCAUUGCCGCGGAGGUGGGGACGACGCAGAAGGACAUUGUCCCUGGCAUGUUCAGUAAAGCACCAGGCAAGUUAGUUGAGGAGUUCAAGGUUAGGGUGGUCUAUGUCCCUGCCAAUCCUCCCUCACCCGUGCCUGAGGAAACAGAGGAAGAGGAUGGAUCUCUUGAUUCAGAUGUGGACCAUGAAGUGGGGAGACCAUCGACGUCCAACUCUGCAACAGGACAAGGGCAUACAUUAAGAUCACGAGCUUCAGAUGAUGAGGAUGACUCUACAUCCAAGUUAGAACUGGAAAGUAGAUAUGCAGAGGAAAACAAGAAGAUGCAGAAAGAGCUGGCAGGACCUUUUAAGGAUGACUCUGUAUCCAAGUUAGAAUUGGAAAGUAGAUAUGCAGAGGAAAACAAGAAGAUUCAGAAAGAGCUGGAUCUCCUCCGGAAAACAAAGGCAUCUGCUGGCGGCUUCUCAGCGACGUUUGUGCUGCUUGUCUUCUUGUUAGGUUCACUUCUGGGAUACCUGAUGUUCGGAAGCAAAGCUUAGCAAGUUAGCAGCUAAUGGCAGCACAUCAUUUUGCGGCACCGGCACAACUCUACCGUCUUUUGUCUAGUGCUUCUUUUAGUACAGAUAUACAGUAUAUACAUAAUAAUAGUUAGUACUAGUCCACAACAGAUAUGAUGUUUUUGGUUUUGAAGUGUCCAUAUUUGAACAUAUAUUCAAUUUUGAAACUCGUGUGUGUUUGCUAA